AUGACUCUUCCAAAAUCUGCCCAAGAUGCACUUGUAUAUAUGUAUGAAUCAAAAGUUCAAAAAAGACUUAAGGAAUUGGAGGUGCGACAUGACAUAGCAGUAGCUCCAACAGAACACUACAUGAUUCGCAUAGACGGAGUUGCAUUCCAUACCUUUACCAAGGGAGUAGAGCAACCAUUUGAUAGUCGAAUUACCAGGGCAAUGGUGGAAACGACAAAAGAUCUUGUCGAUCGAUUUGGGUCUAUUACAGCAUACACUCAAUCAGACGAGAUUUCUCUUGUAUUUUCGGCUGCAGAGUUGUCAGAAUCAUCUCCUUAUCUGUCUUUGCUACAGUCUGCCACUUCAGAUAAGCGAAAAGUAAAGCGCCAACGAGGACCUUCAGAUUCAUCUUUAAAUCCUGAUGCUGCCAAAACCCAAGUUGGUACUCGCGUUCAUUCCUACAAUGGUCGCAUCCAAAAGCUUGCGUCUACAACUGCAUCGUAUGCAUCAGCACGCUUUAACUACCAUAUCUCUACUCCUGCAUCCCAAUGGGACUCACUUUCAUCGCUAACUGUUCGACAACGUAUGUUAUCUCAUUUAGCCUUUUUUGACGCAAGAGUCAUCCCUCUCACUGAUCUACAAGAUGCAUCUGAAACUAUUUUUUGGCGGUCCAAUUUUGAUGGCAUGCGAAAUGCCAUUUCACAUAUCUCUCAGUCAAAUUUUAAAAAAUCUUUAUUGCAUGGCAAGUCGGUUCGUGAUCAGUGUGCGAUGCUCGCAGAAGCCGGAGUUGAUAUAAUGGGAACGUAUGGAUGUAAACCCUUGUUUGGUACAUGGGUGAAAAAGGAGAAAUAUUUCAUGAAGGACGCUAUCAAUCCAAAAACGGGUGAACCAGUAUUGGAACCAGUGCUUCGGACAAGAUUGCGAUGUGGAUCAUUCAAUUGGGCUGAUUGGAGCGAAGAUGAACGACUCACAUUUACUGCAUCUAAAUACUGGCCUACAGAUGAAAGAGCACCUCCAAUGGAUUCUUUGGAUUAG